AUGUCAUUUCCAAAGGAAUAUCCUUUAUUACCACCAAAGUUAAAAUUUAUAUCUGACAUGUGGCAUCCUAAUGUUUACCCUGAUGGUGAACAUCCUCCUGGUGAAGAUAAAUUUGGAUACGAAGAUGCAGGUGAAAGAUGGUUGCCGGUGCAUACAGUUGAAACGAUUUUAUUAAGUGUGAUUUCUAUGCUUUCAACUCCAAAUGAUGAAUCACCUGCAAACAUUGAAUCUGCUAAGGAAUGGCGAGAUAACUAUCCAGCAUUUAAAAAGAAAGUUCAACGUAUAGUAAGAAAAUCAGCUGAAAUGUUAUAG